AGGAAACCUGGAAGGGAAUAUCAGCGAAGACCUUACAGUAAUAUCGACCGGUUUCACUCUGACGGUAGUAGUUACGAAAUUCAGAUACCAUCAAAAACGAUGGUCGAGAUUUUUCCAGAUUAUCACCGACUUCAGAGAGUUCGGAAAACCGACUACUUUCGACGAGAUCACAGCUAAAACUAACUUCUACUGCACAAUUUACAUGAUCUACUGCAUCUCAGGUGUGAUGUUCUAUGGAGCAGUCUCUCGAUUCGAAUCUACUUGCUACGAAAUCAGCCCGAAUUCACCGUACAGAGAUUUCUGUGGGACUUUUACUCCAAUAUGGUUGCCUAUGGAGACAUUGCCGAUCUCUCUGAAAGUUGUACUAUCCUUGAUCCAAUACAUGUUAGCUACCCACGUCACAACUGGAACAGCCAUUAGUUGUGCUGUCACUUAUACAUCUACGGAGUACCUAAUAUCGCAUAAGAAAUAUCUGAAAGAAAAGUUAUUGAGAGUUUACAAGGAUGAUGGAUUUAGCAAAUUUGACAAACUCAAAUUCUGUGUGGACUACCAUAACCAUAUUUUGGGAAUAUCACGUGAGUUGGAUUACCUAACCAAUGUAACAUCUGGAUCUAUGUCUCUGUUAUGUUCUAUAGGUUUUGGAUGUAUAAGCAAUGCAGUAUUGAAGGGCAAACCCUUUAGCGGUGUGGUUUAUCUCAUUGGUUUCGUAGUAGCUCUGUUUUUGCUAUGUUACUCAGGGCAGAGAUUAUUGGAAGAAAGUUUGACAGUUGGUGAUGUUGCUUAUGAAACUGAAUGGUAUACAGGGACGUCAAAAAUGGCAAAAUUGAUGCAAGUUAUCAUAGCGAGGAGUCAAACUCCUGUGACCUUGGCAGCUUCGCCAUGUGGAAUUUACUCAAUACCAUUAUUUGUGAUGAUCCUGAAAGCUUCUUAUUCUUAUAUGACUCUACUGAGUCAGUCGACAUGAACAUGUUUAUGCAUUUAGAAAGUUCAAAGGGUACUUUUAUUGAAUCCCUAUUUUCGGAGAAGAAGUGGUACUCUGAGGUCCUAGGUAUUUGAAAUAUAAAUUCAUUUGCAAUAAGAGCUGAUUGUAGAAGUUCAUUUCCAAUAAUUUUAUCAGAAAUAUAACAUGAUAAGGAUGCACA